UCAUUAUAGUGAAGUCCUGUGCAAGUUUCUGCAGUCCUAAUAGGAACAAUGGAUCUCCAGAGUCCGAGUCAAACAGCGGAGAUGGAGAAUUUUUUGCAGAGAAUCAAGUUGAUCACCCAAUAUGGUUCAUCACCACCGCUGGCUUGCAGCAAUCCAUCAUAAACUCGAUCACGGGGAUCGAAAUGGGGAUGGUGUAGAAACAAAUGGAGGUUCCCUCAUGGAGAUUUCUGAGAUUGAAAUUGAAGUAGAUGUUAAUAAUCAAGUGAGGAAUGAUAAUCAGGUUUGUGAAAACAGAGCUGGAACAGAGGAUGAAGGUGAAGAAUACCAGGUUGGUAAUAGAACUACAUCAAAGGAGGUAAUAACUUUGAAUGAAGUUGCAUUAAGAAGGUCUAUUUCGAUGGAUUCUUCAUUGGCUGAAACCAAGUUACAUUCAGAUAUUGCUCGAAAUCGUCAGUCUUCAAUCGAGCAGUGUCUUCAUAUAAGUCCUGUUUUGAUGAAAAGGUCUUUUUCUUGUGGUGGAAGGUCGAGAUUGUUGUCUUUGAGACAUAAAUGGGGGAUGAAUACAGUUGUGCCCCUCUGA